UUAAAACAGUUUGUAAUGUUUCUUGAAUUUGUUUAAAUUAAUAACCAAUAAUCACUUGCGAAAUACAUUUAUAAUCAAAAUGCUAACCCUGUGGAAUUUAUUUGAGGCUUCUUUGCUUUGCCUCAAUGCAGUUUGUGUCCUUCACGAAGAAAGGUUUAUGCAAAAGAUGGGAUGGGGUGCAAAUGUCUCUGAACAAGGCUUCGUGGAUCAGUCGUCCAUGAAAUUCCAAAUUUUAAACCUUGUGCGAUCCAUAAGAACAGUGACAAGGAUACCACUGAUUAUUUUAAAUAUACUUACAAUUAUAUUUAAAUUGCUGUUUGGGUAGUAAUACAAAGAAAUUUAAAAAGGAACUCAACAAAGAAAUAGCAAUAUAAUUUUUUGGUGAACAUGUCUUGGUACCAAUGUGUCAGAAUUAAC